AUGACACAGGCGGUUCCUCCGAUCCUCUCCGUCACCCCGAGUCGGGCUCUGGUUGAUGAGAAAUUUCAAGUUUUGGUGGAGAAUCUUCCUCCAGGAUGUCCGGUAACCCUCCACUCCAUCCACCACUCUGAGGACAAGAAUGAAUGGGAGGCAUAUGGUCACUACAUCAGCGACCACAGAGGCAUCGUAUCAGGUGGGUCACCGCUGGCUGCAGAAGACUUAGGAUGCUGUCUCAGAGCUGGUCUUUGGAGGGUGAACAAGCUAAAAAUGUUUGUUGGACAGUUUUUAUUGGAAUGUGAACUCGACUCCCUAUGUGAGCAACUUCCUGUCCUGCUCAUCAUGCUUAAAGAGAUUCUCACUCUUACCUCAACAGCAUUUAACAUUAUUAGGAACCAUCCUCAAGUGAUACCAGACAGAGUUGGAAUUCUUGGUAUUUCCCUGGGUGCCGUGGUGGCCUUCGACUUAACAGCCUGCAGCACUAUUAUUAAGGUAGCCAGGUUGUUGCGUGAAGGUGGAAAGGAACACCUGCUGAGCAGAUUAGCGUAUCCGGGUGCUGGACACCUGAUUGAGCCGCCAUUCUCUCCUCAUUUUAGAGCUACGAAAUUUAUCCUACUAAACAGUAAAGAGAAGGUGAUAUUACUGUGGGGAGGACACACCAAAGCUCAUUCAGAUGCUCAGGAAGACUCCUGGAGGAAGAUCUUGAGUUUUCUGCAGCUUCACCUGUACCAUAGCCCGAGUGUUAAAGCAAAACUGUGA